AUGGAGAUAAACAAAUAUAUAGAGAACAAAUUUAACCCUUUACAUACUUCAGAUAAGAAUUUGUUAACACAAUACGAAACCUUAAAAGGAGCAGCGAGAAGUGUAAUAAGAGUGGCAAUCAAGUAUCCAGAAGAUAAGGAUUUACUGGAAAAUGUGGCCAAAUUGGAGAAACAAGCCACACAAUUACAUGUUACUGCGUUGAACCCAGUUCUAGGGGAAUGUUAUAGUAUGAUUCAAAACAAUCGUACUUUAGCAGAGAGUAUGUCAGAUAUUCUUGCGGUAAACAAACUGCACAAGAUGUUAAAGAACUAUGGUGACAGUAAGCAAACAAAGAAAGAAGGUGGUUUUUAUGGAAAGAAUCAAGUACAAGGAUAG